UAUUUAGUGGUUUUGGUUCAUAGAAACGCCACCUAUAAUAAGAAUAGUACCAAAACUGGUUGUAUUCGUUAUGUUACAUACCUGUUACGUACCCUUCACCACCAAUUACCACAACCGUUUCGAUUUGCAUUUUACUCUGCAGUGACAGUGGGAGUAAGUCAGGAACACAAGACGGUAAAGGAUUUUCGUUGUGGUUCUAGUUUGAGUUCUCCACUACAGAAUAAUUAUAAUUUCCAAACAAUUUUUAAUCAAAAAGUAUUGAUUUCUUACGCGUUAAAAAUAUUCGAGAGGAUCAAACUUAUUUAAGGCUAUAGAUACGUCUCUCGCAAAAGUCAGCAGAUACGUGCCAGUGACUAAUUAAAGGUCAAAUAAGUAUUACAAUAUGGGUGCAGUCCAUUCGGUGAAGCGAGUUGCUGCUCAACUUCUCCCUGCAAUGGGUGAUAAUAAACAAUUAAUCCAGAAGGCUUCAAAGAUAGAGUUAUCAACUUUAGAAAUUGCGCAAAAUCAGAAGAAAGAAGUGAAUGAACGAGAUUCUUCAGCCGAAGAAUCCGUUGCGUCUCUCAUCAACUCUUAUGAGCUAUUACAUAUAAUUCAUAUUAAUAAUGAAAUCGUGACGAUCAGCAAGAAACAUCCACUGGGUUCUUCUGUUCAAGAAAAGACAACCAAACCGGAAGAAGAAAUGAAGAAAUCAUCAGAUCAAUUAUGUUCAAAAGAAAUGAGGGACUAUAAUGCUUACAGGUUAAUCCAAGCUGGAUACCUGGAUACUAUUCAACUUGAACCUCUAACCAUGCUGACACUUGAACAUCAGAUUGACGAUAUUAUUGAUUGUGGAAAAAGGAUUGAAAAGUACUGUUACCAGAGUUCUCACACGAAAUUGGAAUACUUCCAGCUGGUAUAUAACCAACUCGAAAGAAUGAAGAAAGAACUUGAGGAAAAGUCUAGGAGACAAAUUCAUCUCGAAAGCCAGGCAGAAUAGGAUCAUCUACAAAAAUGUUGUAUAGUUGAGACUUUUAAUAAACUUUGACUCAAAGAAUUUAAAUAUAAAAUAAACGCUUAAUUUGGUUGAUUUCAUCAUUUAUAAUAAUUGGUUAUUUUUAUAUAUUAUCAGUAUUUUCACAUUUUUAUUGAUUCCAUUAUAUUGAAUUUAGAAAACCUGACCUCACUUUUAUCAUGAAUGUUUUUAUAAAUAUAUUUUUAUACAAUUUAUAAUUAAAAGAUUUAUAAUUUCUUUUAUAAAUAUUUUACUUUAUAAUUCUUCUUAACAGAAAAACAAUUUGAUUUUGCACGAGGUUAGGGGUCAUAUACAGCCUGACAACUCCUAUGUAUAAUACCGUUGAACAUCAGUCGAUUGCAAGUUUUAUUUUAUCAAAAAAAAAAGCAUAUUAUUUAUGUUUCAGUUAAAAAAAAUUAAUUUACUUGUCCAAAUUACCUUUGUAACAAUAGUUUUUAUGUAUCUUCCUAUUGUAUAGUUUAUUUUGAAAAAAACGCACCUUUCAAAUUAUUUUUAACAUACAUUGGAAAGUGUUUCGUGAACUACACUAAUAAUUCCAAGUCUUUGAAAGUAUGGACAAAUUCAUAAAACAAUAUUUAUAUUUGAAAACUAAAAUUGUGUCUUCAUAAAAUAUUAAUAUCAAUUGCCUCUAUCCGUAUAAUAAAUGUAUGUACUGCUCUAUGCUAAAGAACUGGUGUAACGAAAUUUCGAACCCAUUGAAUGAUCCGAAAUUGUUUCAUGUAUUACAUACAUUUUAAAAAAAUAAAAUCGGUCGCUAAGUUUCAGUUGUUUGAAACUGUUAAUUCAAUUAGUGAUCGUUGCAGUGGCAAAAUAUUUAAUCGUUCUGUCAUGUAUAUAUCUUAGUUUACCUACUUCGAUAAGAUAAUAAAACUUGAUUUCAUGAAA